AUGACUAAUAUUUGGAAUAAAAAUGAAAUAAUCACUCCAAUAUCAGAGUACAAUUUGCUAUAUGUAUGAAUUCAAUUUCAUGGUAGUAAUAUAACAAGCAUGUCAAUCAAGUCCAAAAUAUCAAAGAAUAACCAAUGAAUGUAGAGAAACCAUUCCACAAAAAAAAACUCAAACCUUCUACAUCCAAAAAAUUACUCGAAAUCAAACAUCCAGAUAACACUGAGAAUAAAAUAUUGGUGCAGAAAAUCUUAACUAUCAACAAUCAACCUUCGUCUUAUGCUCUAAAUGAGGAUCUACCCAUUAAACCAUCAAAUUUAGGUUAGAAAAUAUUAGAAAUGAGAAAAUUAAUUGAAGAUAAUGAAGUAUUAUCUAUAUACUAAUACUAGGGAAUUGAAAAGAGGAUAAAGCAAACUAACAGUGUUAUCAACUUUGAUAAAAUAAAAUAAGAAUACAAGAAAAACAAAUUAUAUUUAAAGAAUCUUACUGCGCAUUCUCGACGCAUAUACAAUUGCUUUGUUCCAAGAGUGGAAGUUCCUGUGGAGGUUAAAAAAAAAAAGAGAGUUACUGAAAAAAAAUAGCAGUUAUAGGAUCUGAAACGAUUACAGCAACAGUAGCCUGAAGAGGAAAAAGAUAAGAAACUUGUUCAAUAAGUAGAGGAAACUAAUGUAGCCGAUGUGUAAUAGAUGAAAAGCAAAUCGAACUUAGAUCAAGAUAAAUUGAUAUAUUAACUUAAUGAAUUGAAAUUAAAAGAAGAC